AUGACAACUCGGAAAUCCUCCAUGCCGUCCUCCCGAGGACCAAGGACGUUUAUAAACGUGCACUCUGCAUCUUUGAUAAAGUUUGCUGCACGCGGAAUGAAUCACGAGCAAGCCGACACUUCUAACGGGGAUUUUGAAGCGGGUAUGGCAUUUUAUCGACAGCACAACUUCCUGGAGGAGGCAAGACCUGAAGUGAAAACUCAAACUGCCUAUUAUUGA